AUGAAGAGAAGGGCAAGCCGACCAGGGAAGCCGGGUAAACCAGGUGAUAAGGAGCCUGUGGAUAGUAAAAGGAGACCAGGAAGGCCAGGAGAGGAGGAACCUGAAGAUGAGAGAAAACCAGCUAAACCUGAUGACAUUACAAGGAGACCGGGCAGGCCGGAUGAGGAGAAACCUGGGGAUAUUAGUAGGAGACCGAACAGGCCAGGUGAGGAACCUGAAACUGACGAUAUUACGAGACGUUAUGACUUGACUACAUAUGACGACAUAUCUAGAACUGAAGUUGUACAGGAAACAUUAGUACAAAGGAGUAUUGAGGAAACAUCUUUCCGUAGCACAGUUGUAAGUGAGGCUGUUGUUUUAGAUGAUACUGUAUAUUAUGUAAGUGACGAGUACAUCAGUGAAACAAGUGAAGAGGAAGUAGAUGAAGAAACUGAAACACCAGAUAAACCAAAGAAGAAACGUUCGCCAAAUGAUAUUUCUAAAAAGAAAACGAGGGAGACAGAGAAACGUCCAAAGAGAAGACCAGAAGAUGUGAAGGCUAGGCCAGGCAAGCCUGAGGAAAAGGAACCCACAGGCAUUAAAAAGAGACCGGGCAAGCCAGGCGAAAAGGACCCAGAAGAGAUUAGGAGAAGACCAGGUAGGCCAGGUGAUAAGGAACCUGACGAUGAUAAGAGAAGACCAAGCAGGCCAGGCGAUAAAGAGCCAGAAGACAUUAAGAAAAAGCCAGGCCGGCCAGGUGAUGAACCUGGAGAUAUAAGGAAAAAACCAGGUAAACCGGGAGAUAAAGAACCUGUGGAUGUUAAAGGGAGACCAGCAAGACCAGGUGACAAAGAGCCCGAGGAUAUUAAGAGAAAACCAGGAAGACCAAGUGGCAAUAAGCCAGAAGAUACUAAGAAGAGACCAGGUAAACCAGCAGAUAAAGAACCUGUAAAAGGAAAGCUAGCUAGGCCAGCUAAACCUGGUGAACCAGCGGAGGAAGAGCCUGAGGACAUUAAGAAGCGACCAGGCAGGGUGGGUGAAAAGAAACCAGAUGAUAUUAAGAGGAAACCUAGUAGGCCAGGUGAGAAAAAACCCGAGGACAUAGAUAAAAGACCAGGCAGGGCAGGUGAGGAAGAACCUGAAGAUAUUAGGAGGCGACCAGGUAGGCCAGGUGAAGAACCUGAAGGUAUUAAGAGAAGGCCAGGCAGGCCAGGCGAGGAAGAACCUGAUGAUAUUAGGGGGCGACCUGGUAGACCAGGUGAGGAAGAACCUGAAGAUAUUAAGAGAAGGCCAGGCAGGCCAAGUGAGGAAGAGCCUGAAGACAUUAGGAGACGACCAGGCAGGCCAGGUGAGGAAGAACCUGAAGAUAUUAAGAGAAGACCAGGCAGACCAGGUGAAGAAGAACCUGAAGGUAUUCAGAAGCAGCCAGGCAGGCCAGGCGAGGAAGAACCGAAAGAUAUUAGGAGGAGACCAGACAGGCCAGGUGAGGAAGAACCUGAAGACAUUAAGAGGCGGCCAGGCAGGCCAGGUGAGGAAGAACCUGAAGACAUUAGGAGGCGACCAGGCUGGCCAGGUGAGGAAGAACCUGAAGGCAUUAAGAGAAGACCAGGCAGGCCAGGUGAGGAAGAACCUGAAGACAUUAAGAGGCGGCCAGGCAGGCCAGGUGAGGAAGAACCUGAAGAUAUCAGGAGGAGACCAGGCAGGCCAGGUGAGGAAGAACCUGAAGGCAUUAAGAGAAGACCAGGCAGGCCAGGUGAGGAAGAACCUGAAGACAUUAAGAGAAGGCCAGGCAGGCCAGGUGAAAAGGAACCUGAGGACAUUAAGAGAAGGCCAGGCAGACCAGGUGAGGAAGAACCUGAAGAUAUUAGGAGGCGACCAGGCAGGCCAGGUGAGGAAGAACCUGAAGAUAUCAGGAGGAGACCAAGCAGGCCAGGUGAGGAAGAACCUGAAGACAUUAGGAAGCGACCAGGCAGGCCAGGUGCGGAAGAACCUGAGGACAUUAAGAGAAGGCCAGGCAGGCCAGGUGAAAAGGAACCUGAGGACAUUAAGAGAAGGCCAGGCAGGCCAGGUGAGGAAGAACCUGAAGAUAUUAGGAGGCAACCAGGCAGGCCAGGUGAGGAAGAACCUGAAGACAUUAAGAGAAGGCCAGGCAGGCCAGGUGAAAAGGAACCUGAGGACAUUAAGAGAAGGCCAGGCAGGCCAGGUGAGGAAGAACCUGAAGAUAUUAGGAGGCAACCAGGCAGGCCAGGUGAGGAAGAACCUGAAGACAUUAAGAGGCGGCCAGGCAGGCCAGGUGAAAAGGAACCUGAGGACAUUAGGAGAAGGCCAGGCAGGCCAGGUGAGGAAGAACCUGAAGACAUUAAGAGAAGGCCAGGCAGGCCAGAUGAGGAAGAACCUGAAGACAUUAAGGGAAGACCAGGCAGGCCAGGUGAGGAAGAACCUGAAGACAUUAGGAGGCGACCAGGCAGGCCAGGCGAGGAAGAACCUGAAGAUAUCAGGAGACCAAGCAGGCCAGGUGAGGAAAAACCUGAAGGCAUUAAGAGAAGGCCAGGCAGGCCAGGUGAGGAGGAACCUGAAGACAUUAAGAGAAGACCAGGCAGGCCAGGUGAGGAAAAACCUGUUGACAUUAAGGGAAGACCAGGCAGGCCAGGUGAGGAAGAACCUGAAGACAUUAGGAGGCGGCCAGGCAGGCCAGGUGAGGAAGAACCUGAAGGUAUUAAGAGAAGACCAGGCAGGCCAGGUGAGGAAGAACCUGAAGACAUUAAGAGAAGACCAGGCAGGCCAGGUGAAAAGGAACCUGAAGACAAGAGAAGACCAGGCAGGCCAGGUGAAAAGGAACCUGAAGACAAGAGGAGACCAGGCAGGCCAGGUGAAAAGGAACCUGCAAACAUUAAGAGAAGACCAGGCAGGCCAGGUGAAAAGGAACCAGAUGACAUUAAGAGAAGGCCAGGCAGGCCAGGUGAAAAGGAACCUGAAGAUAUUAAGAGAAGACCAGGCAGGCCAGGUGAAAAGGAACCAGAAGACAUUAAGAGAAGACCAGGCAGGCCAGGUGAAAAGGAACCUGAAGACAUUAAGAGAAGGCCAGGCAGGCCAGGUGAAAAGGAACCUGAAGAUAUUAAGAGAAGACCAGGCAGGCCAGGUGAAAAGGAACCAGAAGACAUUAAGAAAAGACCAGGCAGGCCAGGUGAAAAGGAACCUGAAGACAUUAAGAGAAGGCCAGGCAGGCCAGGUGAGGAAGAACCUGAAGACAUUAGGAGGCAACCAGGCAGGCCAGGUGAAAAGGAACCUGAGGACAAGAGAAGACCAGGCAGGCCAGGUGAAAAGGAACCAGAAGACAUUAAGAGAAGACCAGGCAGGCCAGGUGAAAAGGAACCAGAAGACAUUAAGAGAAGACCAGGCAGGCCAGGUGAAAAGGAACCUGAAGAUAUUAAGAGAAGACCAGGCAGGUCAGGUGAAAAGGAACCUGAAGAUAUUAAGAGAAGACCAGGCAGGCCAGGUGAAAAGGAACCUGAAGACAUUAAGAGAAGACCAGGCAGGCCAGGUGAAAAGGAACCUGAAGACAUUAAGAGAAGGCCAGGCAGGCCAGGUGAAAAGGAACCUGAAGAUAUUAAGAGAAGACCAGGCAGGCCAGGUGAAAAGGAACCAGAAGACAUUAAGAGAAGGCCAGGCAGGCCAGGUGAAAAGGAACCUGAAGAUAUUAAGAGAAGACCAGGCAGGCCAGGUGAAAAGGAACCUGAAGAUAUUAAGAGAAGACCAGGCAGGCCAGGUGAAAAGGAACCUGAAGAUAUUAAGAGAAGCCCAGGCAGGCCAGGUGAGGAAGAACCUGAAGAUAUUAAGAGAAGACCAGGCAGGCCAGGUGAAAAGGAACCUGGAGACGUUAAAAGGAGACCAGGCAGGCCAGGCGAGGAAGAACCUGAAGAUAUUAAGAGAAGACCAGGCAGGCCAGGCGAGGAAGAACCUGAAGCCAUUAAGAGAACACCAGGCAGGCUAGGUGAUAAGCCAGGAGAUGAAGAACCCGAGUAUAUGAGUACAGGUUUGCCAGAUGAAGAAGAACCUGGGGAUAUUGUGAAAAGACCAGGCAGGCCAAGUAGGCCAGAUGAGGAAGAACCAGAUGCUAUUAAAAGAAAACUAAGCAGGCCUCUUAGGCCAGAUGAGGAAGAACCAGAAGAUAUUAAAAGAAAACCAGGUAGGCCAGGUGAAGAAGAACCAGAGGGUAUUAAGAGAAGACCAGACAGGCCAGGCGAGGAAGAACCUGAAGACAUUAAGAGAAGACCAGGCAGGCCAGGUGUACCAGAUGAGGAAGAGCCUGAGGAUAUUAAAAUGAGACCUGGCAGGCCAGAUGCGGAAGAACCAGAAGACAGCAAAAGAAGACCAGGCAGGCCAGAUGAUAAAAUGAGGCCAAGUAGACCAGGUGACAAGAAACCUGAGGAUGAGGGUGAACUUGAUGAUGAUGAAGAAAGGAGACCAAAAAGACCAGGUGCAAAAGACACUAUUACAAAAAGACCAGGUAAACCAGGUGAUGAAGAACCUGUAGACGUAAAGAGGAGACCAGGCAAACCAGGAAAGCCUGGUAUGACUGAUGUAACAGAACCUGAAGAUGCAAAUAAGAAACCAAGCAGAAAACCUAGCCGGCCCGGUGAAAAGGAACCAGCAACACCUACUAGAAAACCUAGUCAACCUGGCGAUAAGGUACCAGUGACAUCUAGUAAAAAACCUAGCCGUCCUGGUGAUAAGGAACCAGUAACACCUGGUAGAAAACCUAGUCAACCUGGCGAUAAGGAACCAGUGACACCUGGUAGAAAACCUAGCCGUCCUGGUGAUAAGGAACCAGUAACACCUGGUAGAAAACCUAGUCAACCUGGCAAUAAGGAGCCAGUGACAACUGGUAGAAAACCUAGCCGUCCUGGUGAUAAGGAACCAGUAACACCUGGUAGAAAACCAAGUCGUCCAGGUGAGAGGGAGCCUUCCCCAUUAGUAAGAAAAUCAGUAGAUAGGGAGCCUGGAGCGACAAGGAAACCAAGUAAGACAGGAGAGCCUUUGAGGGACAGGAGAACACCUAGCAGAUCAAGUCUUGACAGAGAUGAUGACAUUACACGGCGAAGGAUAUCAUCAACUCGCAGAUCCCCAUUCACAGGAAGGGAGGGCACCCCAGAAUCCGAUGACCUGCGACGAGGAGUACGAAGGGUUUCUCAUCCAAGGAAGAAUUCUCUUGAUUAUACUCACGGUCGGAGACCAAGCCCUGACAUUGAAGGCAGGACUUACAGCACUCAGAGCCUUUCUGGAGUGUCUACUACAAGCUCUGUCCCAAGUUACAUGAGACCUCGAGGUGAAUCUUGCAAUUGCCGUCGCCAUACACCUGAAAGAGACAUUCAUGAAAUUGAAGACUCCAUCCUCAACUCUUACAAGUAUACACGAUGCACCAAGAAGAUCACCAAGCCACCUGUCACCUACCACUACACUUACACAAUUUCACCAGAUCCCUCAGCUGGAGGAGGUGGUGGUGGGUCUUAUUCAGUAUACUUUGGACCAAAAGACAAACCUACCCCUACUCAUGCAGCUGGGUUGCCAACUCGAGUUUCUCCAGCAAGAGAAACUCCACAAGAUGAUCCUUCUGGGCAGCCAGAGGACAAAGGUCGUCCAAGGGAUCAAGCCCCCAAUCUUUUAGAUAAACAGCCUGAUGACAAGGGUCGUCCUGACCGCCCCGAUGACAAAGAUCGUCCGGGAGUGACUUAUUAUUAUGUAGAUAAGUUUGGACAUCGUGUGCCAGUUCCUGAAGGAGUACAUCCAGAUGACAAAAGUCGUCCUGGUCACCCUGAUGAAAAAGGUCGUCCAGAUCAGCCUGAUGACCAGGGUCAUCCUGUCCACCCAUCAGAUCGUCCUGAUGACAAGGAUCGUCCAGGCCGCCCUUCAGAUCGCCCAGAUGACCAGGAUCGUCCAGGAGUGACCUACUAUUAUGUGGACAAGUUUGGGCACCGUGUGCCAGUCCCAGAAGGAGAACGUCCAGGUGACAGGCGUAGCCCUGAUCGUCCUGAGGACCAGGGUCGUCCUGGCCAUCCAUCAGAUCGCCCUGAUGACAAGGAUCGUCCUGACCGCCCUUCAGAUCGCCCUGAUGACAAAGAUCAUCCAGGCCGCCCUUCAGAUCGCCCUGGUGAUCAGGGUCAACCUGGGCAGCCCUCGGAUCGUCCAGGAGUGACUUACUAUUAUGUGGACAAGUUUGGGCACCGUGUGCCAGUCCCAGAAGGAGAACGUCCGGGUGACAGGCGUAGUCCCGAUCGUCCUGAUGAUCAAGGACAUCCAAAACAUCCCGCUGACAAGGAUCAUCCUGACCGCCCUGAUGACAAAGAUCGUCCAGGAGUGAUCUAUUAUUAUGUGGACAAGUUUGGACAUCGUGUGCCAGUCCCAGAAGGAGAACGUCCAGGUGACAGGCGUAGUCCUGAUCGUCCCAAUGACCAGGAUCGUCCAGGCCACCCAUCAGAUCGCCCUGAUGACCAGGGUCGUCCUGGCCACCCUUCAGAUAAGCCAGAUGAUCAAGGUCGUCCAAGCCACCCCAUAGAUCGUCCUGAUGGCCAGCCUUCAGAUCGCCCAGGAGUGACUUACUAUUAUGUAGACAAGUUUGGGCAUCGUGUGCCGGUCCCAGAAGGAGAACGUCCGGGUGACAGGCGUAGCCCUGAUCGCCCUAAUGACCAGGGUCAUCCUGGCCACCCUUCAGAUAAGCCAGAUGAUCAAGGUCGUCCAGGCCGCCCUUCAGAUCGCCCUGAUGAUCAGGGUCAGCCUGGCCAGCCUUCAGAUCGCCCAGGAGUGACUUACUAUUAUGUAGACAAGUUUGGGCAUCGUGUGCCGGUCCCAGAAGGAGAACGUCCGGGUGACAGGCGUAGCCCUGAUCGCCCUAAUGACCAGGGUCAUCCUGGCCACCCUUCAGAUAAGCCAGAUGAUCAAGGUCGUCCAGGCCGCCCUUCAGAUCGCCCUGAUGAUCAGGGUCAGCCUGGCCAGCCUUCAGAUCGCCCAGGAGUGACUUACUAUUAUGUAGACAAGUUUGGGCAUCGUGUGCCGGUCCCAGAAGGAGAACGUCCGGGUGACAGGCGUAGCCCUGAUCGCCCUAAUGACCAAGGUCGCCCUUCAGACCGCCCUGGUGAUAAGGAUCGUCCAGGCCGCCCUUCAGACCGCCCUUCAGAUAAGGAUCGUCCUGAUGACCAGGGACUUCCAGGCCGCCCUUCAGAUCGACCUGAUGACAAGGAUCGUCCAGGCCGCCCUUCAGAUCAACCUGAUGACCAGGGCCGCCCUGAUGACAAGGACCGCCCAGGAGUGACUUACUAUUAUGUGGACAAGUUUGGGCAUCGUGUGCCGGUCCCAGAAGGAGAACGUCCAGGUGAUAGGCGUAGCCCUGAUCGCCCAAAUGACCAAGGUCGCCCUUCAGACCGCCCUGAUGAUAAGGAUCGUCCAGACCGCCCUUCAGAUCAUCCUGAUGACCAGGGUCAGCCUGGGCAGCCUUCAGAUCGUCCAGGAGUGACUUACUAUUAUGUGGACAAGUUCGGGCACCGUGUGCCGGUCCCAGAAGGAGAGCGUCCAGGUGACAGGCGUAGCCCUGAUCGCCCUGAUGACCAGGGUCGUCCAGGCCGCCUUUCAGAUCGUCCUAAUGACCAAGGUCGCCCUUCAGACAGCCCUGAUGACAAGGAUCGUCCAGGCCGCCCUGAUGACAAGGAUCGUCCAGGAGUGACCUAUUAUCAUGUGGACAAGUUUGGACAUCGUGUACCAGUCCCAGAAGGAGAACGUCCAGGUGACAGGCGUAGCCCUGAUCGUCCUGAGGACCAGGGUCGUCCAGGCCGCCCUUCAGAUCGCCCUGAUGACCAAGGUCAGCCUGGGCAGCCUUCAGAUCGUCCAGGAGUGACUUACUAUUAUGUAGACAAGUUCGGGCACCGUGUACCGGUCCCAGAAGGAGAACGUCCAGGUGACAAAGGUCGGCCUGAUCAGCCUAAUGACCCGGGUCGUCCUGGCCGCUCAUCAGAUGGCCCUGAUGAUAAGGGUCGUCCUGGCCACUCAUCAGAUCGUCCUGAUGAUAAGGGUCGUCCAGGUCAGCCCUCAGAUCACACAGGCAACCAAAAUCUCCCAUCAGAUAGAAGUGACGGUGUUGCCUAUUAUUAUGUAGAUAAAUUUGGACAUCGUGUGCCAGUUCCAGAGGGAGAUCAUCCUGCCACUGGAAAGGAAGUAACAAAGCAAGAUGAUGUGACAAGCAAUGUGGUGAAAUUAGACAAAACUCAGCAUACUAGCCAACAUCAGGCCGCCAGUCAGAGGUACACUUCACACACAACCCAUCAGACAUCUCGAGAUAUUACUCAUGCCACACAUGAAUCACAUAGCAAUCAACCCCAGACAACUCCAGAGGGAGAUGUCAGGGGGAGAGAAACACACCAGACACCAGACAGAGACACACGACCUACUCCAGAUAGGGACACAAAAGCACCAGCAGAUGGGACAGCUGAUGUGACAUAUUACUACGUAGACCAAUAUGGACAUCGUAUAGCUGCUUCGGAGUAUGACAAGCGUGACAAAUCCACAGCAUCAACAGUCAUUCGUGGGAAGGUGCAACCCGCUACGAGCAUCACUCGUGGAGAUUACCUCGGUUAUGAGCGUGAUGACAAGGGUAGAAUUCUGACUUCUCCAGAGAGACAGUUGAUCACAGAUCAUGGUAAUCGACUUGGAAUGACUGACCGUAGUGGUCACUUGGUCUCGGGCCACACAUUUACUACCAUUGACGGACGUCCAACGCACGACCAUCCCGCCGGUUACAUCAGACACGAGCAUGAUGGCGACGGGUCGUGGCGGGUCGUCGGCGGCCGUGAUGCCCACAUGACGUCCACCAGCUGGGAACAGGACCAGCUGUCUGCGAGUGAGCGCCGCUCGCGCGUGGUGACGUCAUCCUCGAGUGCGACCGUCGAGCACGCAGGCAGCUCCACCUUCAGCGUCAGCCGCGAGGGAGACGACGCCGGAGAGAUGAGGGAGGGACGCAGCUUCCUCGAGGACCGGUCCAAGGUCACGGGGUUCUCUGACGUGCUGUCUCGCAUGGGCGCCACCGAGGCCGUUGACCCCGAGGCGAAGGUGACGUCAGACGACCAGGCGCGUUCGCUCCUCAACCGGUUCCUCGGCGCGCAGGUCCUCAUGUCAGGCGUGGAGUCCAUGAUGGCUUCCUCGUCCCUCUCCGAGUCAUCCAAGAUGACAACGGACAGCACCGGCGCCACGACCGUCACGAAGGAGGCCAGCGGUCACAGCUCGGGCACGGCAGCCAAGGACGGUGUCGUGACGGACCACAAGAGCUCCUCCUUCAACACAGGCCCUCAGACCACCACUGUCUCCGGUUCAGCCUUGGCCUCGCGCAAGGCCCAAGGAGAGGCAGUGGUUGUGGCCGGGGUUAACAUAACAGAGGUCACAGACGAUUUCAAACUUAACCAACUGCUUGACUCCUGCGAUGAAUAUGAGGACCGCAGGAAGAUCAGAAUGCGCCUCAAGGCUCUCGUGGCCGAAAAGAAAGGUCUCCGUGAGGAGCUGAGCGGCCAUGACCAGAGUCGAGGGUCACGUAGUCAGACCUCGACGGCGCAUUCUAGAUUCGAGGCAAUGUCCAAAUCCGCCACUAGUAACACAAAAGACUCUGAUUUGCGUAGCAGUGAGGAUGUGGCCCUGGUUAACGAGUGGUUGAAGGAGAACUUCCCGGAUCAGCGAAGGCCAGGUGGCUCCCGGCCAGGAGACUCCAAGACUUCUUCCACUGUGUCACCCUUCGGCGUGUCCCGCACCUCCAAUACAGAAUCUCGAAGCUCCAGCCAAGUCAAUGUCCAAAAGAGUUCCUAUUCCUCAUCCAGCUCCUCCUAUAAGACUUCCUCCUCCAUGAGCAAAGUUGACAGCAAAAAGGUUGUGUCCCCAUUUGACAAGUUCAAGCAAAUGGACUCGCAGACCCCCCGCACACCAAACUCUAAGUCGAAGUCUGCGGGUGGUGGCCCACUUUUCCAAUUAUCCAGUCAACUUGGUCGCAGCGCCUCAGGGGUGAAGGAUAUGCUGCUGACGUGGUGCCAGUGCCGCACCCGCGACUAUAAGGGAGUAAAGAUUGAGAACUUCAGCACAAGUUGGAACGAUGGUAUGGCCUUCUGCGCUCUCAUCCACCACUUUUACCCAGAUGCCUUUGACUUCGAUAAACUCGACCCCAAGAAUCGUCGUUACAAUUUCGAACUUGCUUUCAGAGUGGCAGAUGAGAAAGCUGGUGUGAUGGCACUCCUUGAUGUAGAGGACAUGGUCGUGAUGAAGAAACCAGACUGGAAGUGUGUCUUCACCUAUGUACAGAGUCUUUACAAGAGACUUAAGGACGAGUGAGAAGAGACAGCCAGAGCUUGUGUAGUACUCUUUCUAACUUUCAUUUUCUCAAAGGUGUAAUUUGAGAAAGUGUACCCUGUGAACUUUAUUUUUAAAGUCUAAGACUUCUGGUUGAUUUCCACUCGUGUCUUGUCCACUGCGACAAGUGGACACAACAGAUGACUGUGUCACCUUCAUCUUGGGAGUGUCUGCAGCCCGUGUCGUGUGUCUGUCGUCUAAUCAUCAUUUGUUCUUCAUUGUCUCCUAGAUCUGAUACAGAAAAUACCAUGUAGUUUUUUUCUUUUUGUUUUUGUUUUUAGUAACACCUAGUAUUUAUUUAUUUAUUGUCCAUAUUCUUCUGGGACCAAAUUCAUGAACAAUCAUCCAGUGGAGUGUGUUCAACGUGAUCGAAAGAAGUUGAAAAAUAUUCAAAUUGUGUUAGUAAAAGAUUCCUCAAAAGUGUAUAAAAUUUGGAAAUCUCAAAGAGCACUCAAGGCCAUAUCAGAGUUCCAUGUGUGCUGACAGAAUGUUGAAAAGUGCUGAGGGGAAAUUCAUCAGUUUUGAUGUUUGAAAAAUAAUUAAAUACUUUUGUAAAUUCCUACAUAUAUAUAUGAAAUAUAUAUAUAUAUAUCUUGUGUUGAAGACAAAAAAAAAAACAAAAAGCAAAAAAAAAUAUCCAGAAAUUGCUGAAUAUCCCUUUUGGAGCAUGGGAUGUUUAUAUUACUAAGUGUAAACUCGUUCCAAGACUUUUUUCUUCAUUAUUGUAAUUGAAUUUGUGGUAAGAGGUCUCACGUUCACAUACUCUACGAGUAGUGAAUGUUGUGCUGUGACGUAUGUCUAACAUGUGCUAAACUUUGUUCUCAUAAAGAGCUCAAUAUAUUUGUCUGCAAAGGUAUAUAAUUUAGUUUAGCCUCAUUGAAUAUGAAUAACCAUUAUUAGGGUUAGGGUGAUGCUUUUUAUAUCAAGCUAUUCUGUUCUACAAAUUUUCAGUUUUAUUUCAAAGGUCAUAUGUUGCUACUAUGAUUUAGAUACGUAGAUUUUCUAGUAUAUACUCACUGUGUUACAUAUUUUCACAGUCUAUUAGAUAAUUUUUGCAAUAUUAACAUCAUUAUAUAAGUUAUUACAAAAUUUGUUGGUAAUAUUAUAUUGAUUUAUUUAAUACCUACAAAGAGAAUAAUAAGUAUAAAAUAUUUAAUGUUUAUUUAAAGAGUCAAAAGUUUAUCAAGUUAAAUGUUUUUUUCUGCUCUUUCUUUACAUAUGUUAGAAUAAUAGUUGAUAAUAUAUAUUUUUUUCUUUUUUUUUUUUUUUUUACCUUUCGCAGCUAAAUCUAGUAAUUUUGUGCUGUGAUACUAUUGUGACAUAAUCUGGUGCCAAGCAGUGACUUAUAGAUAAGAUUAUCAGUAUAGUAUAUAUUAAGUGACUUAAAUGUUUAAAAGAUAAGACAUUAAAGGGGACAAAGUAAUAGAGAAAUACUGCUUUGCGAAUGGAAUUUACCCCCAAGGUUCCUCUGUUAGGGUAGUGCUUGAAUUUUUUUUUUUUUUUUUUUCUUUUUCUUUCUCUUUUGUACAGAAUUCUUUAGCCUUUAUGGCACUACUUCCUUUAGUUUUAUGUGGGAUACUCUGUGUAUGUAACAUGUUUUAUAAAGUAUUUCUAACCCGUUUCAUAUUUUAAUGAAAGAUAUAGGAUUAUGGCUUCACAAUAUACCACAAUAAUCUCUUAUAUAGCUAAGAAGGAUCUUCAGUAUGUAUGUUAAUGUCAUAUUCGUGUGCUUAAUUACAAACAUUACUAUGCGCUAUUUCCAAGCUUAUGGAGCCUCAUUGCUGAAAAGUUCUAGUAGAAUAAAUGUGAAUAUGA